UUGUUUCUAGAAUUUGGAAUUGAGUGAGUUUUCUGACACAUUUGAGCACAGGACCCAGGGGUACUUGGAGAGAAAACUGGUACUGGAGGAGCUGGACAGACCGUAGAAAUGAGUACUGCAGAUGCCCUUGAUGAUGAAAAUACGUUUAAAAUCUUAGUUGCAACAGAUAUUCAUCUGGGAUUUAUGGAGAAAGAUGCAGUCAGAGGAAAUGAUACAUUUGUAACACUUGAUGAAAUUUUAAGACUUGCCCAGGAACAUGAAGUGGAUUUUAUUUUGUUAGGUGGUGAUCUUUUUCAUGAAAAUAAACCUUCAAGAAAAACAUUACAUAGCUGCCUCGAGUUAUUCAGAAAAUAUUGCAUGGGUGAUCGUCCUGUACAGUUUGAAAUUAUCAGCGAUCAGUCAGUCAACUUUGGAUUUAGUAAGUUUCCGUGGGUGAACUUCCAGGAUGGCAAUCUCAACAUUUCGAUUCCAGUGUUUAGUAUUCAUGGCAAUCAUGAUGAUCCCACGGGGGCAGACGCACUCUGUGCCCUGGAUAUUUUAAAUUGUGCUGGAUUCGUAAAUCACUUUGGACGUUCAAUGUCUGUGGAGAAGAUAGACAUUAGUCCAGUUUUGCUUCAAAAAGGAACCACAAAAAUUGCUCUGUAUGGCUUAGGAUCCAUUCCAGAUGAAAGGCUCUACAGGAUGUUCGUCAAUAAAAAAGUAAUAAUGUUCAGACCAAAAGAAGAUGAGAACUCUUGGUUUAACUUAUUUGUGAUUCAUCAGAACAGGAGUAAACACGGACGUACUAACUUCAUUCCAGAACAGUUUUUGGAUGACUUCAUUGAUCUUGUUAUCUGGGGCCAUGAACAUGAGUGUAAAAUAGCUCCAACCAGAAAUGAACAACAACUCUUUUAUAUAUCACAGCCUGGAAGUUCAGUGGUUACUUCUCUUUCCCCAGGAGAAGCUGCAAAGAAACACGUUGGUUUGCUGCGUGUUAAAGGAAGGAAGAUGAAUAUGCAGAAAAUUCCUCUUCGCACAGUGCGGCAGUUUUUUAUGGAGGAUAUUGUCCUGGCUGAUCAUCCAGACAUUUUUAACCCAGAUAAUCCUAAAGUAACCCAAGCCAUACAAAGCUUCUGUUUGGAGAAGAUUAAUGAAAUGCUUGACAAUGCUGAACGGGAGCGUCUGGGAAAUCCUGGGCAGCCAGAGAAGCCUCUUAUACGACUGCGAGUGGACUACAGUGGAGGUUUUGAACCUUUCAGUGUUCUUCGCUUUAGCCAGAAAUUUGUGGAUCGGGUAGCUAAUCCAAAAGAUGUUAUCCAUUUUUUCAGGCAUAGAGAACAAAAGGAAAAAACAGGAGAAGAGAUCAAUUUUGGGAAGCUCAUCACAAGACCUUCAGAAGGAACAACUCUAAGGGUAGAAGACCUUGUAAAACAGUAUUUCCAAACCGCAGAGAAGAAGGUGCAGCUCUCACUUCUGACAGAAAGGGGAAUGGGUGAAGCAGUACAAGAAUUUGUGGACAAGGAAGAGAAAGAUGCCAUAGAGGAAUUAGUGAAAUACCAGUUGGAAAAAACACAACGCUUUCUUAAAGAACGUCAUAUUGAUGCUGUAGAAGAUAAAAUUGAUGAAGAGGUACGUCGUUUCAGAGAAAGCAGACAAAAAAAUACUAAUGAAGAAGAUGAUGAAGUUCGAGAGGCCAUGACUAGGGCCAGAGCCCUCAGAUCUCAGGCAGAGGACCUUGCUUCUGCCUUUGGUGCUGAUGACCUUAUGAGUAUAGAUUUGGCAGAACAGAUGGCUGUUGACUCCGAUGAUAGCAUCGCAGCAGCAGCCAACAAAGGAAGAGGCCGAGGAAGAGGCCAAAGAGGAGGAAGAGGGCAGAAUUCAGCAUCGAGAAGAGGGUCUCAGAGAGGAAGAGGCACCAGUCUAGAGACUUCUACUGGAAACAGAAGUUCAAAGGCCUCUAUGUCAACAUCUAGAAACAUGUCUAUUAUAGAUGCGUUUAAGUCUACAAGACAGCAGCCCUCCCAAAAUGUUGCUACUAAGAAUUAUUCAGAGGUGACUGAGGUGGAUGAGUCAGAUGUGGAAGAAGAUGUUUUUCCUACCACUUCAAAAACAGAUCCAAGGUGGUCAGGCACAUCGUCAUCGAACAAACGCAUGUCCCAGAGCCAAACAGCUAAGGGGGUCGAUUUUGAGUCAGACGAGGACGAUGAUGAUCCUUUUAUGAACAUUAGUUCUGUGAGAAGAAACAGGAGAUAAUAUGUUUAAUGGCACUUGGAAGUUUUCAAGAUUCAGGAAAAAUCAAAACAUUGCAAGCUAAGAGUUAACAGUUGAAGAUUUUUAAAGUAUUGCUGUUAACUGAAGAAUUUGAAAGAGACUUAACAAAGAAACUAAUGCAUAAGAAUUUAUAUUUUUGAAUAUAUUUCUGAGACAUGACUCCUUUCCUUGAGAAACUUCCCAGCUCAAGGACAUGUAGAAUAGCUUUGGUUUGCCUUAUUUUUUAAUCUGGUUGUUAACAUUACCUGGGGAUGCUCUAUAAAAUUUAGAACGUUAUUUUUCUGACGUGCAUUAGUGUAUGUCUUCCUGAAUGAGGGCUUUGUUUAAAUAUCGUUCUUGAGUAAGGAUUAAAAGAAAUCUAUCAUUAUAUGUUUCUGCUUCAUGAUCAAAGACCAUGUAGGUAUUUUAAUGUGGUUACAUUUAGCCGAAGUUGAGGAGAGGACAUUGUAAAAUUUGACCUCUUUAUAGUUUUAAUAACUUGUAGAGAUUCUGGAUUUCCUGAAGGUAAAACAAUCCACCAUGUGAAACUGUGCCUAAGCUCGCUGUUUGUUACUAUGCUCAUUUUUUAAUGCUUG